AUGGAAGUAGACGGUAGGGAGAUGCCCCGUUGCCGGACCACCGUGCUGCAGGACCAGGAAUCCGAUGAAGCGGACGUCCCGAUGAUAUCACUCGAUGAGGAGGACGAGAUAGUAGAGGUGGAAGAAGAGGCGGUGGAGGAGGUGAUGAGGUGGCUGGAGCGAGAGAUGAGCGGGGCCACCGUGGGGCCGGGGGCAGGGCUGCAAGCGUUCGCGCAGGCCGACGGCGGCAGAGAGGAGACCUGCGGUGCCACUUUCUCGGACUCCUCGUCUACCGUGAUGGCCAGCGUCGACACGCGCGGGGUGGUGGCCGGUGUCUCCCGCUUCUGGCCCGCCCACUGGGCCGCGGAGCGCGAUGACGGCGGUGGUCGAUGGGUCGCAAGGACGGACUCGAACUCAGCGGGGGUAAUGGAGGAUGCGAAGGAGGUGGAGGAGGACGAGAUGGAGUGGUUGGCACGCGUGUUGGGUGGGGCGGACCUGGAGCCGGGGCUGGAGCAGGACGAGAGCGGCGGCCUUCUCUUCCUGCCUCGGGAGGAGAAGUAGAAAGAGAAAGAUGUACUAUAAAUGAUCUCCACGCUAUAAAAUAUUACGUACAAAAACGAUCCCAUACCUCGUCAGGAUGUAAUAUAGUUGCAGGUUCCAUGGCGUCUUCGUUGAACUGAAAGCAGCACAAAGCAUUUCAUAUGAUGAAGAAAAGAAAUGGCAGCAGCAGUAACAGUUUGGGUCAGUGCUGGAAAACCCUUACCCAAACCUCUCCCGAGACGAACCAGAACCAGAACCUGGAGAGGGCAUCG